GAAACAAUGGAGGAUGGAAAUUUCAGCUUUAGUGCGGAGGACCUAUCGACGAUCGGAGGCAUAGCCACCGUGUCGCUGCUGCACUCCUUCAUACCGACGCACUGGCUGCCGUUCUCCAUUGUGGGCCGCGCUCAGAAAUGGACGCUCUCUCGUACUCUCCUCGUUACUGCAUUUGGAGCAGUCCUGCAUGUCCUAUCCACUUCGCUACUCGGCAUAACAGCAAUCACCAUAACAAACACUAUAGCAGGAGAGGAGACUGUGCAUAAACUUGCAUCGUUGCUGCUUGUUAUUCUUGGUGGUAGUUAUGUCAUAUUGUUCCUGACUGGAAAGGGUGGUCACAGCCAUUCUCACAACCAACCUAUGGAGAAAAUGGCCGUUGCCGGUCUUGUUCUUGUUCCUGCGUUGUCUCCUUGUGCAACCACUCUUCCAGUAUUUCUUGCUGUUGGAAACUCAUCCUCCAUGAUGGUGCUUGCUAUCAUAGUUUUAUUAUUCAGCACAAUCACUGUAAUGACCUCACUAGUGGCCCUCUCGUUCUAUGGCGCGAGUCAGCUCAAGUUCCACUGGGUGGAACGUUAUGACAAGCUUCUCGUAGGUUCAGUUCUAUGUUUAGUUGGAAUUUUGACCCUUAUUUUCCACGAUCAUGACGGAGAUGGGGGUUCAUCCGGAGAGCAUCUGCAUAGGAAAAUUAUCAGUCUAUAAAGAUUAGUUUGCAUGUUAGUAGGCUUCCUAUGUAUGGAGAUUGCAAUAUGGUGAAUAGUACUAAGAACUGUAAAACUUAUGUUCUUUACUUGUUUAAUUGGUAAUCUUGCGAUGCCGAUCAUAUCUUGAUGUUCUUGCUCUCUUGAUCUUUGGGUUCCGGCUUUUACAGUUUACUCUGUAUGCGAUACAAGCCUUGAAAUUUUUGCUGUAAUGAAGAGUGGUGCUCAGUCUUGUGUCUUA